GUCCCUUGCAGUCUCGCUCGGAUCUGCAGGAUGUCCCCGUUCUUGGACAGCAUCGCCACCAUCGUCGGCGUCUUCCAGCAGCACGCCCGGGGCGAUGGGGACGGCUCCGGGCUCAGCCGCAGGAGGAUGAGGGAGCUCAUCCAGAGGGAAUUCGCAGAUUCCCUGGUGAAGCCACACGACCCUCAGACCAUCGAGAAGAUCCUGCAGUUCCUGGAGUGGGAUGGGGACGGGAACAUCGAUUUUAACGAGUUCCUCCUCCUGGUGUUCCGGGUGGCCAAGUGCUGCUUCUGGUUCCAGCCAAGGGCCCCGUUCCUGGUGCAGAGGACAAAGAUCCCGACCAGUGGAAAAUCCUUCCAGGAGCCGGAAUUCAGGAGCAGAGGGAGCCGCCGGCAGCUCCAGGAGGAGGAGGAGGAGGAGGAGGAACGACAAACCUGGGAGAGGAAUCGUGAAGUUGAGCUGCAAGGAGACCUCAGGGUCGGGGAGGUGGAAAUCUCGGAGGAAACGAGGAGGGAUCAGCAGGAACGUCGCAGGCGGAGCGGGAGGGACGCGGAACCACGCGGGGAGCUGAUCCCACGGGAAUUCCGGGAACGGAGCCAGGAGCCGUGUGAGCAGCAGGAGAGCCGGAGAAGGCGGCAGCCCCCGGAGCCCGACAGACGAGAGGGAGAGAGGAGAGACCGGGAGGGGCUCCAGGAGGAAGAACCGGCAGACGUGAGGACAGGCAGGCAACGCCGAGAACCCCAACCACGGCCGGACCGGCGGAGCUGCCAGGAGCCGGGGCGUGAUGAAAGAACCCAGCGGCCACGAGGAGCAGAUGGGGAAGGUGACAAUCGGCCACGGGAACCCGAAUUGCUCCGGGAAGAGAGGAGCCGCCACCGCCGGCGUGAGCUGGAACAAAGAGAGCUGGAAGGGAGAAGCUGCCGGGCGGCUGAGCUGGAAUGUCCGGAGUCCGGGCGGCCACAUCAGUCGUACCUGGAGGAACCGUUAGAGAUCGACCUCGGGGAAUGUGGGAGAGCAGAGCCAGAGGAACGCGGCCACAGGCGGAGAACAAGGCGGGAACGGGAAUCUGCAGGAAGGGUAAGGGAGAUCCGGGAGGAACAGGAGAGGGAAGAAAGAGAUGAUCCCAGAAGAAAAGAGAGACUGAGAGAGAGGAGGGUGGAUCGGGAACAUGAGCUGGAAGUAGAGGUGUCUGAGCACUGGACACAGGAAAGAGAGGAAGAAGUGGCCACCAGAAACCUGAGAGAGACACGGGAGAGACGAGAGCGAGAAAUUCAUGAGGCUGAAGUUGAUGGAAGGAGAGAACAAGAAGUGUAUGACCGGAGAAGAGAGAUCUCAGUGGCAGCAGCAGAAGCCGAUGUCAGAGUGCGCCGUGAGAUCCGGGAACGAGGUGAGGAGCUGAGACGGAGAGAACGUCCCCAUGAGCGUGAGGAAGAAGCAGAGCCAGGGAGAAUUCCCCGGAUCAGAGACAGGGAAGAGCCCCUGAGGGAGAGGAGAGUCGACCGUGAACGGGAUCUGGAGGUGUCUGAGCGCCGGACACGGGAAAGGGAGGAAGAAUUUGCUGCCAUUAACCAAAGAGAGACACGGGAGAGACGAGAGCGAGAAAUUCGUGACCUUGGUGAUGGAAGACGACAGAGAGAAUCAGUGAGGUACGAGAGGGAGAGAGAGAUCUCAGUGGCAGCAGCAGAAGCCGAUGUCAGAGUGCGCCGUGAGAUCCGGGAACGAGGUGAGGAGCUGAGACGGAGAGAACGUCCCUGUGAGGGUGAGGAGGAAGAGAGGAGAAUUUCCCGGGUCAGAGACAGGGAAGAGCCCCUGAGGGAGAGGAGAAUCGACCGUGAACGGGAGCUGGAGGUGUCUGAGCGCCGGACACGUGCAAGGGAGGAAGAAGUGGCAACAGUGCGCCAGAGAGAGACACAGGAGAGACGAGAGCGAGAAAUUCGUGACCUUGAAGCUGAUGGAAGGAGAGAACAAGAAGUGUAUGACAGGAGAAGAGAGAUCUCAGUGGCAGCAGCAGAAGCCGACGUCAGAGUGCGCCGUGAGAUCCAGGAACGAGGUGAGGAGCUGAGACGGAGAGAACGUCCCCGUGAGCGUGAGGAGGAAGAGAGGAGAAUUUGCUCCAGAAGAGACAGGGAAGAGCCCCUGAGGGAGAGGAGACUAAACCAUGAACGGGAGCUGGAGGUGUCUGAGCACCGGACACGAGAAAGGGAGGAAGAAUUUGCUGCCAUUAACCAAAGAGAGACACGGGAGAGACGAGAGCGAGAAAUACGUGGCCUGGAUGAUGGAAGACAACAGAGAGAAUCAGUGAGGUACGAGAGGGAGAGAGAGAUCUCAGUGGCAGCAGCAGAAGCCGAUGUCAGAGUGCGCCGCGAGAUCCGGGAGCGAGGUGAGGAGCUGAGACGGAGAGAACGUCCCUCUGACCGUGAGGAAGAAGCAGAGCCAGGGAGAAUUCGCCGGGUCAGAGAGAGGGAAGAGCCCCUGAGGGAGAGGAGAAUCGACCGUGAACGGGAUCUGGAGGUGUCUGAACAGCGAACACGGGAAAGGGAGGAAGAAGUGGCUGCCAGAAACCUGAGAGAGACACGGGAGAGACGAGAGCGAGAAAUUCGUGACCUUGAAGAUGGAAGGAGACAGAGAGAAUCAGUGAGGUAUGAGAGGGAGAGAGAGAUCUCAGUGGCAGCAGCAGAAGCCGAUGUCAGAGUGCGCCGUGAGAUCCAGGAACGAGGCGAGGAGCUGAGACGGAGAGAACGUCCCCGUGAGUGUGAAGAAGACAGAAGAAUUUGCACAAGAAGAGAGAGGGAAGAGCCCCUGAGGGAGAGGAGAAUCGACCGUGAACAGGAGCUGGAGGUGUCUGAGCGCCGGACACGGGAAAGGGAGGAAGAAUUUGCGGCCAUUAACCAAAGAGAGACACGGGAGAGACGAGAGCGAGACAUUCGUGAGGCUGAAGUAGAUACAAGGAGAGGACAAGAAGUGUAUGACCGGAGAAGAGAGAUCUCAGUGGCAGCAGCAGAAGCCGACGUCAGAGUGCGCUGUGAGAUCCGGGAGCGAGAACCACGAGAAGAGCUGAGAAGAAGAGAACUUCCCUCUGAGCGUGAGGAGGAAGCAGAGCCAGGGAGAAUUCCCCGGAUCAGAGAGAGGGAAGAGCCCCUGAGGGAGAGGAGAAUCGACCGUGAACGGGAACUGGAGGUGUCUGAGCGCUGGACACGGGAAAGGGAGGAAGAAGUGGCCGCCAGAAACCUGAGAGAGGCACGGGAGAGACGAGAGCGAGAAAUUCGUGAGGCUGAAGUAGCUACAAGGAGAGGACAAGAAGUGUAUGACCGGAGAAGAGAGAUCUCAGUGGCAGCAGCAGAAGCCGAUGUCAGAGUGCGCCGUGAGAUCCGGGAACGAGGUGAGGAGCUGAGACGGAGAGAACGUCCCCGUGAGCGUGAGGAGGAAGAGAGGAGAAUUUGCUCCAGAAGAGACAGGGAAGAGCCCCUGAUGGAGAGGAGAAUCGACCGUGAAAGGGAGCUGGAGGUGUCUGAGUGCCGGACACGGGAAAGGGAGGAAGAAGUGGCCGCCAUUAACCAAAGAGAGACACGGGAGAGACGAGAGCGAGAAAUUCGUGGCCUGGAUGAUGGAAGACGACAGAGAGAAUCAGUGAGGUACGAGAGGGAGAGAGAGAUCUCAGUGGCAGCAGCAGAAGCCGAUGUCAGAGUGCGCCGUGAGAUCAGGGAACGAGGUGAGGAGCUGAGAUGGAGAGAACGUCCCCGUGAGGGUGAGGAGGAAGAGAGGAGAAUUUCCCGGGUCAGAGAGAGGGAAGAGGCCGUGAGGGAGAGGAGAAUUGACCGUGAACGGGAGCUGGAGCUGGAGCUGGAGGCCUCUGAGCGCCGCAGCCGCCGGACACGGGACAGGGCGGCAGAAGUGACCGUCACUGACCAGAGGGAGGCACGUGAGGAGGUCCGGCUGGAGGUGCUGGAGGAAGAAGAGGAGGAGGAGCUGGAGCAGGGCCGGUGCCGGUACCAGACCCUGGACGUGGACACCGGCGAUCUGUGCCCCCCGGGGCAGGAGGUGCCCGUCAGUGACCUCAGGGUCCGCUACCUCCCCGCUGACCCCGAUGUCCGGCCCGAGGUCCAGCUGCUCCCUGAGCCCGUGGACCCUCAGACCGUCGCCUACUUGGUGCACGUGGUCCAGAGCCUGGAGGACCCCAAGGCCGCCACCUACGAGAUCGUGUGCCACCAGCCCGGCCAGCGGGGCCGGCCCGUGCGCGUCCGGACCUGCUGCGUGUCCCCGCGGCCACCCAGUGACCGCAGGGGCCACCCCGAGGCGCUGCCACCCGAGUGCCAGGAAAACCCUGAGGCUCCCAGUGAGCCCCGGGAAAAAUCCGGGAAAGAGGUGAAGGACGGAGCCCUCCGGGAUUCCGCUGAGCCGGAGGCUGGGAAAGGUGAGUGGGUGAAAUCCAAGGAGACCCGGAGGCGCCCCGAGAUCCCUGAGGUGGAUCAGGGCCAGCCCCAGGGUGAGGGACCCCAGAAGGUCCCACGGGAGCCCGGAGCCGGCUGCCAGCGGAGAGAGCGCCAGGACGGCGAGGCCAAGAGCUGCAUCCCCCCGGAACGUCGGGAUCCGGAGCGGAGAGACCCCGGAGAGACGCGCAGAGAGGGAGUCCAGGAGGGUGAGGAGGCUCCCGAGGAGGAACCCAGCAAGAGGAGCCCCCGGGAAUCCAGCAGUUCGCAGGUUCCUCGGGAAGGUGGCACCAAGCAGGGCCAGGAGGCCCCGCAGGAGACCCCGAGCCGCCCCAGGGAUGAAUCCAAGACAUCCUGAGGAGAAUCUGCCUCUCCCUGGAGCCUCUCCAGGUCCUUUUGAGGGUCACUUCUGCCCCCCAUUGCCAGCUCGGGAUGUGCUGGCUGUGUCCGUCGAUAUUUAAUCACUUUUCCUGCUCUGAUUGGAGUCCUUGGGUGCCUCUGUCCUCUUUUGCACCCUGGGGUGUCACUUCAGGUCUCCCCGGCCCCAGGGCUGGGGCUGCUCUCGGCUUCUGCUGUGAAACUCAAAAAAAUUCCUGAUUUCGGGGCCUGGAAAUCCUCGAGGAUGGGAAAAAAAAGAAAUCACCUUUUUUAGCCUCGAUUCCAGCAGAAUUCCAGCUCCAGGCCUGGGGGUUUGGAGUUCACAGGGUGCUGGUGGUGGGUGGGGGAUUCUCCUUCUCCUUUUCCUUUUCCUUCCUUUUUGUCGCAUGGAAAAUGGGAAUA